UUUGUUUACUAGCUGGAAAAUGGAUUUUAGUUGUUUACAUGUGUGUGUAGAUGCAAAAAUGUAACCUUUAAACCGAUGCUGCACAAGCAAAUGGCUUCGAAACCUUUCACCCCAGAAGAGGCGAGGAGGAUUGUCCAGUUUCUACAGAAACCAGCUGUGUUCCUGAACAUGACCAAAGACUGGCCAGCAUUACACUGGACUGUGGAGCACCUGUCAACUUGCCUUACAGAGAGGGUACGAUUCCGUAUUGGAAAAAGGAAUGAGGAUAUGGCUCCUCUUUUUGAAACGGAGUGCUCCUACAUUGAAGCAACUGUUAAAGAGUUUCUGUCCUGGACUGCCAAUGAGGGUGAAUCACUUGUUGGGCCAUUUUCUGACUAUCACUGCAAGGAAUUCUGGGCUUAUGCUGAUUACAAGUACAUUGCCCAGCUUUUUCAGGACAAACCUGCCAUCUUUCAGGAUGUGAUGUGGUCUGACUUUGGCUUUGCUGGCCGAGAUGGACGAGACAGCACACUUUGGAUUGGCACACAGGGUGCUAACACUCCAUGUCACCUUGACUCAUAUGGUUGCAAUCUUGUGUUCCAGAUCCAAGGGAGAAAGCGAUGGCAUCUCUUCCCUCCCGAUGACACACCCUGCCUCUACCCAACACGUAUCCCAUACGAGGAGUCCAGCGUGUUCAGCCAGGUCAGCGUGGUCCAUCCAGACCUGAAAAAGUUCCCAGCAUUCAAAAGAGCUCGAGUCCAUACUGUUACUCUGGAGCCUGGACAGGUUCUGUUUGUCCCCAGACACUGGUGGCACUAUGUGGAGUCUGUGGAUCCAGUGACUGUCAGUGUGAACUCCUGGAUUGAGAUAGACAUGGAUGAUGAGGCCAGAGUAGGAGAAGCUCUCACUAAGACCAUUGUGUGUGCCCUGAAGAGCGCCCCCAGCUUAGACAACGACGACCACUGGCUCAAUCCCACUGAGGACAGAGUUUCUUCUCAUGAUGAAAACAUGCAGUAUUUGAACCUAGCAGUAAAGGCCCGUAUGGACAAGAGGACAGAAGACUCUGGAGGCUGGUCCCUGCUUGCAGACCAACCUAGAGCAGAGGCGGGAAAACGUGAUUCCAGUGGACUGUUAAAGACUCCAGCAACCACUUUUGUUGUUCCCUUCGGACCUCAACUCAUUCCUGUUAUUUUGGCUCAGAAACCUAAAUGCAUCUGUUCAAAGGACACAUCUUUCAAGUACAAUGACCCCUCACAACCCGAACAGAGAUCUGGUCAGCAUGCACAUCAGGAAGUAGAAAGCCCAGGAUCCUCACAUGGAGCUGCUGGUAUGCGCCUAUCCACCAAUGACAUGCUAGAGUUCCUGGUACACCCUGAUGUCAUCGCUCAAGUUACUAGGCUAAUCAUGUGCCGACAAAGAGAACUUCGGUCUUGAUUUAUACCGGAUGAACAGUACUUUUAUAAAUAAAA